ACACGUACUAUUAAAUAUAGGAAUUUUGCCGAGUCGAUUUGGUCAUCCUUACCCUCAAAUUUUCAGUUUAUUUGGAAGACAAGGUUUGUCUUUAUCAUUCAAUACUUUCCAAUACUCUUGACUCUUUGGUGCCACUUAUCUGCACUCCUUAAAACAUUUUGGAUACAGCUUGAGCCUAGAUGGAGGGAUACACGUCUGGAGAUUCAUCUUCAGAUCUGGAAGCAACAUCAGUACAUAUUUUGGGGUGCAUUAAACUCGGCAAGAUUUUGGUGUACUGCAAAAGAGACAAGAAUGGCACAUCUUCCUAUAAAGUUAACAAAGCAAGACAUUUGUACAGAAACCGAAGAUCACGAGUAUCUUCCUAUGCGGGGCCUGGAUACAUUCUUAUACUAUAGUGUAAAAUGGGUGCUUAGAGAAAAAUAUGCGGAGAUGGUCACUGAGAAGCAGGUAUCUGCCAUACAGUGCCCUAAUGAGAUCGGGGGCAUCAACGUCGCUCUGAGCUUUCUGAAGAAAGUACUGGGCCUCACUUUGGUGUUCGUGCCAUCCUCGCACCAAGGUGCUCUUGAAGUUGCCAAUGCGGUGUAUUAUGGUGACAUCGUAACUUACACUGAGAUGAAUGAAGUCAAAGCAUACUUUUUAAAAGCACAAUUAAAGCAGUCAGCGGUCCUUAUUCUGGACUGCAGGAUUGAAAAUGAAGCCUUCUGGAAGCAAGCUUGCAAAUUAGUGAAGGAUUACCGAAUCAUUCCCUUGCUGCUGAUGGCAUGGGUUCCAGUGAGAGACAAUGUUGCUGCUCCAUUGCAUGCCUUCCUGGAUGGAGGUCUCGAGGUCAUUGUGCUGCAAAGCUUCCAACAUCUACUGCGCCUCAACGAAGACGGAGCCGCUCUGCUUCUCGGCAUCACGGCAGACGCACAUGGCCGAACUGUGCUCCAGAGCCAACUUGAGAGUGUCACUCGCUGCCUGUGGGGGCCUCCACCAAACCACGGCGCCCGCGUCGUCGCCAAACUGCUGCAGCACCUGGACAGCCACAACGGGCCCAGCGUGGGCCCCGCGGAGCUGUACCAAAGCAGCUCUGUACACGGCAACAAGAUUCGGCGUGAAGAGGCACGGGCGAUUUCUACUUUAAAUAAAUGACUAAAUGCGGGGGGAGGGGGGGCUGGGGGAGGGAUCCCCGUUAUUGGCCAGGGUUAGGGAAUGGAAAGUUGCUACUUAAAACGAAACGAUGUAUAAAGGGGGAAUUUUCCCCCCGUAAGAAUAAUGAGAAAUGGGUGGAGGGGGGGUGUGUGAGUGGAUAAGGACCAUGAGAGCGUAAACAUUAAUAAAGUAUGAAAGCUUUCGUGACUGCAUAAAAUUACUCAUUGGUUUUUUCGGUAAAGUUACAUAUGUAGAAAUACAAUAAAAUUAUGUUAAAACAAAAAA